GCAAACACACAUCAAACUCAAAACACAUUCACAACUACAACAAUCAUGAAGACAACAAUGGUACUGUUAUCUUUAGCUCUCCUCCUUGUUCUCUCAACCAAUCCACUGCUUGGCUCCGCGCAAUCAGAUCCGGUGCUUGACACUGCCGGUGAAGAGCUCCGAACAGGCGUCCAGUAUUACAUAUUGCCUGGUAUCCGUGGCAAUGGAGGCGGACUCACUCUAUCCAACGGCAACAGAAAUGGCAGCAGAUGCCCAGAAGAUGUCGUCCAGAUGCUCAACGAUGGCAAUGGCCUCCCUGCAACGUUCACACCGGUGACCAACGAAGGCGUGGUUCGUUUGGUAACUGAUUUAAACAUCAAGUUCUCGGCUUCAACAACUUGUGGCCGAUCACAUGUGUGGAGUCUGGGCAAUAAUUAUGACAAAUCGGUGGACCGGAGUUUUGUGUCAACCGACGGUGUUGAAGGAAACCCGGGUCGGGAAACCCUAGGAAACUGGUUCAAAAUUGAUAGAUAUGGAGAUGGGUACAAGCUUGAUCACUGUCCUGGGGUGUGUAGCAUCUGCAGAAUUCGGUGUGGAGAGCUUGGCAUUUUUGAGGAGAAUGGAAUAAAACGUUUGGCUAAAUUUAGUGAACCACUCCAAGUUGUGUUUCAGAAGGUCUAAGCAUUUUUAGCUUAAUUAUUAUAUAGUAUUUAUAUUUGCAUUAUGACAGGAAGCUUGUGCUCUCCGUUCAUAUAUAUUGCAAUAAAGGCCGUGACAUUUUAAUAAGAAA